AUGUCGUACUGGAUGCAUGCGCUGUCGAGCGAUGAAGGCAAACCGCGAUGCCGAAACUGUAUUGACCGGAACUUCCAAUGCCAAUAUGGACCUCAAUUGAGCUUUUUGACGAAGAAUGCACGCACUGUUCGACCAUCAGAAGUCGAGACAUCAUCUGCCAACUAUGAGGCGAUUCAGUUCGUCACCGAAGAGACUUCAAAAGACUGCAAUCAAACUAAUGAUCAUACACUGGUUGAAUCAUCCUCUCGCAUUGAGGUGACUCCACAACCACAGCAAGCCGACCCCAACACGCCUAGCAAUGUCAGAGACGAUGAUGUGCUAUUCUGGCCAGAGCCAGUCCCCCACACUGCUGAGGAACAGAAUUAUACAAUCCUUAAUGGCAAUGAUGAAUCCGCAGUCGCCGGGUUGUUAGCUCUUGGUAUGAAUGAACCGGAUCUGGGGCUGUCGGACUUGUUGGACAUGUGCGAUCUUGGUCAAUCAUUCGGAAUCCAAGGUCUUCAGCUUGCGAUGAUCUCGUCGCCUAUAUGGAACUCGAUCCUUGACCUGUCCGAGACUUCUUUCCACCAGCUUCAUCCACAGAGGUCACCCGGAGAGAGGGGGAAGACAUUCCUUCGGCAGACUGACUCAGAUAGUCAGGUCGAGAUUACAUAUGUCGCACUAAAAAUCGUUAUAGAUCAAGUGAAAGACUAUAUCUCGAAUAUCUCUGCGAUGUGGAACACCGAAAGACCGUGUGAUCAUGACCUCAUGAAGGCCCUAAGCUCCCACGCGGUGGGCAGAGAUAUUAAUUCUGCGAUUUAUUGGCUCUUUUUCAGGCUUGAUCUUGCGACAGCGUUAGCGACUGAUAGCGACACGUGCAUGCCGCUUCCCCCGUCUUUCCCAUACAUCACAGAAGUAGAUCUCGCGGCUGAUCGAUUCGAAAUGGUUUUCUUCUACGCAAACCGCCCUCUAUGGCUCUGCGCGAGAGCGAUCCAAUUUGUCCAUAACGAAGAGGUUUCACCUGAGCGAUCCCCCCUCCACGUAUGGAUUCAGUUGGUGGAAGAACUGCAACAAUGGUAUCGUGAGCGACCACGGGAAUUCCAACCCAUGCUAGAAUUAGAGAUGGAUGAUCAGUUAGCUGGCCCAGAAAUAAGUUUCCCGGUUGUUCUGUUUGCCAAUGGAGCAGGCUUGUUUGGCAACCAGUUAUACCAUACUGCCAUGUUGAUCUUACUACGCAAUCGGCCCCGUACCGCACGCAUCGCCGACUUCCACUCUGUUGCCAUGUCGCCAUUGUGGCACGCGCAGCGAAUAUGCAGCAUUGCUCUCCACAAUGAUCGUCAGGAGUGCUGGGAUCCAUGUCUCCUGGCAUCCUUCCUGCUGGCAGCUCGCCGGAUGACACAUGAGUCGCAACAACAUGAAGUUGUGCGUGGAUUUGACCGCAUCCGUACGGUGACAGGGUGGAACACAAACAACUGCUUGCAGAGCCUGCGAACUGAGUGGUGCCUCCUUGAUGAGACAUAG